AUGACUGAGCUUGUGGGCUCUCAUACCGCAUCUAUUCAAAAGUUGGAGAUGCAAAUGAGAGAUCUCUCAAGAGAGCAAAAUCUGAAGCAAAAAGGCACACCCCCAAGUGACACAAUUGCAAACCCAAAAGGUAGUAGGAGUGGCCCAACCUCGCAUUGUAUGGGAAUCACAACUCAAAGUGGGAAACUACUUCAAGGAGAUAAUGAACAAGUGGUUGAAGUGGAAGAUUUCGAACAACAAGUCGAGGCACAAGUUGAGGUGCCAAUUGUUGUUGAAGUUGAAAGACUCCCGAAGAAGGUGAGAACUCAAGAAGUGAACCAUGAGGAGGUUAAGGAAAAGAGAACCACCAAUGAAAUGGUGAAUGUGACUCACCGGGUUAGUUCCAUCAUUGCAGCAACCACGGUCCAAAAGAAAGAGGACCCGAGAGCUUUUACCAUUCCAUGCACUAUUGGGUUGCGCAAUUUUGCACGAGCCCUUUAUGAUAAUGGGGCUAUGAUCAACUUAAUGCCUCUUGCUAUUUACAAGCAAGCGGGGUUAGGUAUGACUAGGCCUACAAGUAUGAGGUUGCAAAUGGCCGACCGUUCAAUAAAGAGACCGGUGGGAAUUGUUGAUGAUGUCCUUGUGAAAGUGGGGAAGUUCCUCCUCCCUGCCGACUUUGUUAUCCUCGAUUGUGCUAUUGAUAAAGAAAUCGCUAUCAUCUUGGGGAGACCAUUCCUUGCCACCGGAAGAGCACGCAUGGAUUUGGAACGAAAUGAGAUCAAGUUCCGAGUUAAUGACGAAGAGGUUACCUUUCAAGCAAGUAAGGGUUUGAAAUUACCACAUGCAUAUGAAAGCAUCUCAGUCAUUGAUAUUAUUGGUGAGGUAGAGGAUGCAAUCGAAUUGAAGAUGGAAGAAGAAUGCCUUGGUGAGGCAUCGGCGACUAUUUUGGUGAAUUUUGAUGGUGAAGACAUGGAGGGAUAUAUGGAAUUGGUAAAUGCAUUAGAAGGGCUUGGGUCCUACACUUAUGCACCAAAGAAACUUUCUCUUGACUUAGAGAAUAGAGUCACUCCUCCCACUAAGCCUUCAAUAAUCGAGCUGCCACAACUUGAGCUCAAGCCACUUCCACCGCACUUAAGGUAUAAAUUCAUUGGCUCUAAUGAAACUUUACAAGUAAUCGUUUCUUCAUUGUUGAAUGAUGUGCAGGUUGAAUAG